AUGCCCCUUCUACCCAACCUCCCUCAAGAAAUCCUACACCAUCACAACACCCCAACCACAACCACCCUGCAUAUCCUCACUCUAUCCACCACUCUCCUAUCCCUCUCUCUUCUCAUCUACAUCAUCUACACCCGCUUCCUCAACCCAAUAUCACGCAUCCCAGGUCCCUUCUGGGCCAGUAUAUCCCGACUAUGGCUUGUCCGUCGCUCCGAUAAAGGCCACAUGCAUCGAGAAUUCAUCGAUCUUCAUACCAAGUAUGGGAAGUUGGUCAGGAUCGGGCCGAAUGAAGUGAGUGUGGCGGAUUUGGAUGCCAUUUUGAAGAUUUAUGGAGCUGGGUCGAAGUUUAGGAAGAGUGAUUGGUAUAGCGUCUGGCAAGGCCAUCGCACAUUCGAUCUCUUUGCAGAACGCAACGAGAUAAUCCACGGUGCUCAACGACGACUCGUCAACAACGUUUACUCAAUGAGUAGUCUGAAAGAUUUCGAAUCCGGGGUAGAUACAGUCAUCGAGCAAUUCAUGCAAUGCAUGGCACGGCAGGGGCCUGAAGCGAUUGUUGAUAUGGGGAAGUGGAUGCAGUUGUUUGCUUUUGAUAUCAUCGGCGAAAUCACCUUCUCCAAACCAUUUAACUUCCUCGAGACCGGCACAGACGGUAGUGCAUUCCAACAAAUUGAGAACGCACUUCGCUCGGCCGCCUGGGUGGGCCAAGUCCCCUGGCUAUACUGGGUUCAUGAUUACUUGAGUCCUCUCAUUGGCAGCCACCUAGCAAUCACAGCACGUCACGGCACGAUUCGUCAGAUCGCAGCUCGCGAAGUAACCGAUCGCAAAGAGAAAACUCAGCACAAUGGAGAAAAACAUGACCUACUAUCCAAACUCUUCGACGUGCAAAAUAAAAAAGAAAAGCAACUGUCCGACAACGAUGUCCUUUCCAUGGCCGCGUCGAAUGUAUUUGCUGGAUCGGAUACCACUGCUAUUUCGCUCCGAUCGAUUAUUUACUAUCUGUUGAAAAACCCAACGUGUUUAUCCAACCUGAGAGACGAGAUCGAAGAUCGGAAACGCCAGGGCAGAUUCUCGGAUCCGGUCAAGUUGGACGAGGCGAAUGAUAUGCCGUAUCUUCAAGCGUGUAUGUAUGAAGCGUUGAGGUUGCAUCCGGCUGUGGGGAUGAAUUUGCCGCGGGUGGUUCCGAAGGAGGGGAUUGUCAUAGAUGGGUGUUUUUUGCCGGGGGGAACAACAGUAGGCGUCAACCCCUGGGUCAUCCACCGAGACCCAAGUGUAUUCGACGACGACGUCGAAGCCUUUCGACCUGAACGAUGGUUGACUGAGAAGACCGGCGAUAUGAAAAGAUAUUUCUUCGCCUUCGGCGGCGGCGCUCGACUCUGUAUUGGAAAAAAUAUCAGCUGGAUGGAAAUGAGCAAGAUGAUCCCGACCCUCCUGAACCGAUUCGAGAUACAGCUUGCGGAACCAGACGCGGAGUGGAAGGAGACGUGUUGGUGGUUCGUCAAACAAGAAGGGGUGAUGGUUAAGCUUCGUCCUCGGUCGUGA